CCUAGUUGGUGACCUUGGUUAUCAGACCACACAUGACCGCUGUCGACAGAAGUCUGUUCCGGGCCGCCCGUUUUGUUCGAUUUGUCUUCCACAGUUUACCUCCUUUCCGCACCAUGUUGAAGCUGGGGAUCUUCGGUGGCUUUGCGGCGUUACUGAGGGGUUAUUUUGAACUGGAAUGGCGCACCGUAGGGGUUGCAGUUGUGACGGUAUAUUUGGCAACUGGCGGUUGGAGAUUUGCCAAAAUUUUAGUCCGUACACUCCCACGUGAUCUGAAGGGUCUGUUCGCAUUGAUUCGGCUCAGAGUGACUCUUUAUAGACGGUCCCUGAACCACGAAUUGGUGCACAAUGUCCUUGAGACACGGACCAAGCUCCACCCGGAUAAGGUGGCCUUCCGUUGCGAGGAUGAAGUCUGGACGUUCCGGGAUGCCAACAACUACGCCAACGCCGUGGCCAACUACUUCUUCGAGAAGGGCUUGCGUAAAGGGGACACGGUGGCCAUCUUCAUGGAGACUCGGCCUGAGUUUCCCUGCUUCUGGCUGGGGUUGUCCAAGAUUGGCGCUGUCGGAGCACUGAUCAACUUCAACCUGAGGCAAGAGAGCCUGGUCCAUUGCAUCCAAGUGGCCCAGCCCAAGGCAGUCAUCUACGGAGUGGAGCUGACUGAUGCCAUCAAGGAUGUGAAGUCGGAGUUUGGCCGCAAUAUCCCAUUCUACAGCAGGGGCUACGUAGAUGCAGGCUUCCCUGCGUUGAAUCUUGACCCAGAGCUCCAAGCAACAUCCAAACUGCCAGCUCCAGUGGUUCUUGGAAGAAAGUUUACCGAUAUCCUUUUCUACAUAUAUACUUCGGGAACAACAGGCCUGCCCAAAGCGGCCAAGGUAACGCAAAUCAGGUUCAUGUACAUGGCCUACGGCAUCCGGUAUGCGUUCCACUUCCGUUUUGACGACAUCAUCUACAACACCAUGCCGCUGUACCACUCUGCUGGGGUCGUCGGUAUGGGCCAGGUGGUGCUGAACGGAUCCACCAUGGCCAUGAGGAGAAAGUUCUCUGCCAGCAGAUUCUGGGACGACUGUAUUAAAUAUCAAGCCACGAUAAUCCAAUACAUUGGGGAGAUCUGCCGGUAUGUGUUGGCUCAGCCCAAACCAACAGACACACAGCACAAGGUCCGCUCUGCUCUAGGCAACGGUCUGAGGCCGCAGAUCUGGAAGGAGUUUCAGGAACGCUACAGAAUUAAACAGAUUUGUGAGUUCUACGGAUCGACAGAAGGCAACAGUAACAUAGUGAACAUCUCAGGCAAGCCAGGAGCCGUGGGCUUCAUCUCCUUGCUUGUCCCCAGUGCCCUACCGCUCAGCCUGCUCAAGGUGGACGAAGGUACAGGGGAGGUCAUCCGCGGACCUGAUGGACUCUGUGUUCCAUGCAGACCAGAGGAGAGUGGUCACUUGAUAGGCAAGAUCAAGGUCGGCCAUCCCCUUGCUGGCUUUGAUGGUUAUGUCAACAAACAGGCAACGGACAAGAAGAUCAUCUAUGACAUCUUCAGGAAGGGGGACCAAGCCUUUCUGUCAGGAGAUAUUUUGGUCAUGGAUCAGGACGGCUACAUGUUCUUCAGGGAUCGCCAGGGUGACACUUUCCGCUGGCGAGGGGAGAACGUCUCAACGUCGGAGGUAGAAGGCAUCAUUCAGAAGCAUGUUCAGCUCAACGAUGCUGUAGUGUACGGUGUUGAAAUUCCAGGACUAGAGGGCAGGGCAGGCAUGGUGGCCAUUGUGGAUACUGAAGGCACCCUUGAUCUGGUCAAACUAAACCAGAGUCUCAAGUCAUCUCUACCGCCGUAUGCUCGGCCGCUGUUCAUCCGCAUCAUGCAAGAAGUGGACACUACAGGCACCUUCAAGUUGAAAAAGGUGGACCUUCGGAAAGAGAACUUCGACCCAACAAAAGUGGGCGACGACAAACUGUUCUACAUGAACGGCAAGGAGUUUGCCCCGCUCACGCAGAGCGUUUAUGAUGAUAUCAUUGCUGGGAAAGUCCGACUCUAAGGAUUGCACUGAGAAAGUAGUGUAGGCAUCUGUGAACUGUCACCACGAAGUGAGCAGAAAGUCAGAAAUUGCUAGUUUGCUGUACAUUUGCCAAUAUUUGAAGAGGUGGUUGGUUUUUUAAUUUUUUUAUUUUACAGAUGAACCUCAGUCUGUAAGUCCUGUUCUGCCUUUCCCCAAUUGCUAUUGUUCUGUCAAACAUCUUUAAAAACAAUUUUCCAUUCUGUUUUGAUAUUUGGCCGUUCAUUCACUGUAAUACAACAGUGGGAUUUUAAAUGCCAUUUUCUCAAAUGUUUAACAACUUCAAUAUAAUUGCCGGUCUAUAUUACCGUUACUGAACCCGUUACCCCCAAAUUUCAUGUAAGUACAGUUAGAAAGCUCUUGUUCAGCAGAAUCCAGAGAAAUAAAAAUAUCUAAAUUCUUUAAAAGUCCGGCUUUAAUUUGCUCAUUUUGUAAUGAAAGGUCACAUUUGAUGAUAAAAGUAUGCUUGUACAUUUGCGUACAAACUGUCUGGAAUAAAUGUGUAAUGCUCUAGAAACAGUUGACCAGGAAGUACACCAUCACGUAUAGUAUCGGAAAUAUCCAAGUUGUUUAAUAUAAAUAAAUUUGGUUUUUAUCGGGGUCAUGUGACCUAAGUAAAAAGUGGCAACAAAGUGUUCAGCAAAUGUAAAUGUGUUAUUUAUAAACUACAUGGAAAGAUAUGCCUAAUAAAAAUUUACCCAAUUAAUUAAUAAAAAAGGGUAUAAGCUAAUACAAGCAAGGAAGGUAUUUUUUAAUUUCCUUAAAGGUACAAAAGAUCAUUUGCUUUUCAUGCAUUUUAUUUGUUUCCAAUAAUAACACCUCUCAAAAUCCAAAGAAGAAUGUUCAAAACCUAAACUUUUUAAAGUUUCAGCGUAGUGGAUAUUACACUUUUCAAGAAACAGUAAAAAACCAUGCACAACCUUUUGAUCAGGAAACGUGAUUUUCUCAUAACUCUCUAUUCCAAACAUCAGUCAAUUGAAAGAUUGUUGAAAAUCACCUGUCGUUUUAGAUUUCUUGUAAAUGACAGCAAGCAAGAGGGAAAAUGUCACUGGGUGUUUAGUACCAGUACGAUGUUUUAUAACAAUUUAGUAGGUUACGUCUGGGGCAAAUCAUGCUAUACAGGUAUGCCUUUCAACUCUUGUAGAAUAGACCAUUAUGUUGAGGCCAUUACGAUUUUUCCCAUUCAAAUCGGCGUAACAAAGCGAGGCUGGAAGGAAAAAUAGUCUUGUUCCUUUUUGCACAAAAAACAUUAUCAUUCAGUACUGUUAUUGGAGACAGGGAACAUGACUGAAAUGGUGGCAGCAUGAUACAGGUCUAUAGCUUUGAUGCUGAGUGCACGGAUUAUUCAGUUUUGACAGGCAAGCCAUGUGUAUAUUUGGAUUUUUUCUCUUCAAAUUUUUGGCAUUUUGUAAGAAUUGUCCCCGCAAUCAAAAGUGUACAAGCUUUGGAAUGUGCCUAACAAAACAAUAAAAGAUGUGCUGUGUUCUAGGAACGUAUAAAUGUUUUUAAGUGGGGGAUUUGAUUAAAGGUCUGUAGAAUUUUUGCUGUAGCGUAUUUAGUGUAUUUCUUAAUUAGCAGGGAUCCCCCCCCCUCCCAUUCAGCUGCUGAAUAAUGUUAUGUUACUGGUAAAAUGGGGCCAAAAAUAAAUGGAAUGCUAAACUUUCUCAACAAAAAAAAUCAAAUUGCCUUAGAGUGUAGGAGAAUUGUAGAUUUCAAAACAAAUUGCGGAGGGGGAAGGAGCAUCCCCCACCCCCUACUAGUUCCUUGGGCACUCCUUCCCUCAACCCCCCUCCUCAUAUCAACCCCCCCCCCCCAUUUCCUGAAAGCUAGAUCCGCCCCUGUUCAUAAUGUGCAGCAUGGAAUCCUGCAUUUUUUCUUUCAAUGAUAGUAAGAGUGUGAAAAAAAUUGCUAGUACGUGUACAUGUAUUUUGAUCUUUCUUCUGAGCAACUAUUUUAUUAUUUACAAUAAACUGCAGUAGUGUUUAUCCUUUGUUUUGCUUUUAGAAUAAACUAUGUACAUUUAAUUUGUAUCUUUUUAUAUAAAUUUGUCUUUAUUCUUGCAUUUUUUCUUCAAAGUGCAAAGUGAAAAACAUUGCAUGUAUAUUUUGAUUUUUCUUCUGAGUUUUAUCAGUUAAAUAAACUGCAACAUUUCCUAUGCA